AUGACCUCAAGCUCCAUCCAGGGCACGAGUGCCAACCUGCAGUGGCACAUCUCCUUCCCCAAGUCAUCCGACUCCACCGACUUCCCGUUCUGGAAGUACGACUUCCCGCGCGAGAUCUGGGACGUGCGUCCGGCCUCCCAAAUAGCCGUCAAAGUGGCCACCUUCAUUCCCAUCAUGCUUCUUGGCUUCAUCGGAAACGGUGCUGUCCUCUUCUUGGUGUGUCGGAGGAAGACGAUGCGAACUCCGGUUAAUCUUCUAUUGGCGAGCAUGGCCGUCUCGGACCUCUUCGUCGCCUCCGUUCUACCCUCGCUGACGAUGGUCGAGGAUUUCUUCCAGAACUGGGUCCUCGGACCGGUUAUGUGCAAGCUGGAGGGAUUCCUGAUGCUGUUGCUAACUCUCGCAGGCGCGCUGACACUAGUGGCAGUAAGUCUUCUGCGUCUGAUUUCGAUCGCCACUCCUACUAGUGUCAUUCAAGCGCGCCUCACCCCUACGGUAGCCAUCCGUCUGGCCAUCCUCAUCUGGCUCGUGGCGGCGAUUCUGGCUACCCCGCUGCUCCGCUGGCGUCAUUACCGCGAGCGACAGUGGCGUAACUUCACCGAGAAGUACUGCACCGAGAACCAAGAACUUCUCGGUCUUUACUGGCUGGUGUUGGGCGCGCUGCUUGUCUGGCUUCCGCUGGUCGCCAUCCUCGCCAGCUACGCCGUCAUCUUCGUCAGGUUGGAGAUGACGGCUCGACGCGCCACACGGCGCGGCUCCGGUGCGCCCGCCGCCACGCGGGGACGGGAUCGAGUGGGAAUUAUGCUCUGCGUGGCUUCUGCUGUGUACCUCCUGUGCUGGACGCCCUUUGCGGCUGUCAUCGUGAAACGCUACAGACUUCCUGACGAAGCAGACGCGGUGACCGAUUCGUUUCGAGCUCUCUGGUACGCUGCGCACUAUUUGAUGUACGCCAAUGCUGCCGUAAACCCGAUCGUCUACUGGGCGACGAACGAGACGUUCCGUAGAGGCUUCAGAGAAACGUUUGUGGCGCGAUCACGACGACAAGCGACAUCAGCAGCGAGAACCUCCGGCGAAGCGGGAAAGUCGGCGGCGAAACCGGUGGAUGUGACGCAAAUGUCGCAGCUGGCAACAGAAAAGGAGAAAAGUAUUGUGAACGUGACGCGAGAAGACGAUAAGCUGCCGGUGCUUGAAACAGACGAAGCCAAGCAAAGAAGCCAAGAUGAGGGAAAGGUACGAGAGGGAGAAAGGCACGGCGAAGCCAAAGAAUGGAAUGCAGAUGCAGAAGAGACUGAAGAGACGGAGCAGACGAAAUGUGUGGACUUGGAGUGCCUUGCAGAGGAGACUGAGAAAGAGAAGCACGAGCACAGAAAUCAGGAAGACGUUGAACGAAUGGAGGAGAAUGAUGAAAGGUCUUGCAGCCGAUAA